UGAGCUCCACCCCCACGUGAGCCCACCACGCUACACCGGCGAGAGAAGCGACGUCAUACACCCAGCAGCCAGAAACAAGCGAGGGCCUGGACACCGAGCCUAGCACGCGCAGUGGUUACCCACAGCGGUCGAGACGAGACGAGCGGACCCUCCGGUGCUGAGCCGCAACCUUCCAGAUUUCGGCGGAAGAAGUUGCUGCUGGGUCGGGAUAAGUUUAAAUUAGGUGCACUCUUGGGCCUGGAAGGAGUCGAAGGCCUGGGUUAGCACCGAGCUCAACUGCGAUCCGCAGCCCGCAGAGGUCUUCCCCUGUCUGGGUAGAUCAGGCACGAGUGCUGGUGCUGAGGCGAAUAGCUAACAGCCAGGAAAGAUGGCCGACGACCCGAGUGCCGCGGACAGAAACGUGGAGAUCUGGAAGAUAAAGAAACUCAUCAAGAGUCUCGAAGCAGCGAGAGGGAAUGGCACCAGCAUGAUCUCCCUCAUCAUUCCCCCUAAAGACCAGAUUUCUCGCGUGGCGAAGAUGCUGGCUGAUGAGUUUGGCACGGCCUCCAACAUCAAAAGCCGUGUGAACAGACUGUCUGUGCUGGGAGCCAUUACAUCCGUACAGCAGAGACUCAAACUCUACAACAAGGUGCCCCCUAAUGGCUUGGUGGUGUACUGCGGCACUAUAGUGACGGAGGAGGGAAAGGAGAAGAAGGUGAACAUCGACUUUGAGCCCUUCAAACCCAUCAACACCUCCCUGUACCUCUGCGACAACAAGUUUCACACGGAGGCGCUGACGGCUCUCCUGUCUGACGACAGUAAGUUUGGCUUCAUCGUGAUUGACGGCAGUGGGGCUCUGUUCGGGACCCUGCAGGGGAACACCCGGGAGGUGCUGCAUAAGUUCACUGUGGACCUCCCCAAAAAACACGGCCGCGGGGGCCAGUCAGCGCUGCGCUUCGCUCGUCUGCGGAUGGAGAAGCGGCAUAACUACGUGCGCAAGGUGGCCGAGACCGCCGUGCAGCUGUUCGUCUCCAAUGACAAGGUCAACGUCGCUGGCAUGGUGCUCGCUGGGUCCGCCGACUUCAAGACCGAGCUCAGCCAGUCGGACAUGUUCGACCCGAGGUUACAGGCGAAGGUGCUGAAGCUGGUGGAUAUCUCGUACGGAGGAGAGAAUGGCUUUAACCAGGCCAUCGAGCUGUCCGCUGAGGUGCUGUCCAACGUCAAGUUUAUCCAGGAGAAGAAACUCAUAGGGCGGUAUUUUGACGAGAUCAGUCAGGACACGGGGAAGUACUGCUUCGGGGUGGAGGACACGCUCAAGGCCCUGGAGAUGGGCGCCGUGGAGAUACUCAUCGUCUACGAGAACCUGGACACCAUGAGAUACAUCCUGCGUAUGCACGGGGCAGAGGGCCUCACGUCUGAGAACGAUGAGAAAACGCUGUAUUUGACACCGGAGCAGGAGAAAGACAAGUCUCACUUCACAGAUAAGGAGACGGGGCAGGAGCACGAGCUGAUCGAGAGCAUGCCCCUGCUGGAGUGGUUCGCCAACAACUACAAGAAGUUCGGCGCCACGCUGGAGAUCGUCACGGAUAAGAGCCAGGAGGGGUCGCAGUUUGUCAAGGGCUUCGGCGGCAUCGGGGGGAUUCUGCGGUACCGAGUGGACUUCCAGGGGAUGGACUACCAGGGCGAUGAUGAUGAGUUCUUCGAUCUGGACGAGUACUAGACCAGCUGCCCUCACAGACACGGAGGGAGGGAGAGAGGGAUGGAGUGUGGUUCUGGAGAACAGGGCCCCCCUGCCUUAACCAGCGCCCCAGGCUGGCACUGUCCCUGGUGUAUGGAGCGCACCCCCCCAUGCUCUGCCCCCACUCCUCCCUCCAUCUUUUUAUUGCCAUCUGCUGCUGAUUUAUUCAUUUGAUUUUUAAAUUUUUUUAACCUAACUUGGACUGUUGAACGUAUAAAUUGUACUGAAUCUGAGCUGUUUAUCUAAGCCGCCUCUUCUGAUCCAGUCUGGGCUGAUCUGAUCCGAUCCGGUCUGGUCCAGUCUGGGCUGGUCUGAUCCGGUCUGGUCCGGUCUGAUCCGGUCUGGUCCGGUCUGGUCCAGUCUGGGCUGGUCUCCACAGACACAACUCGUGUCACAAAUUGGGAUGAUUUACACACUUCCUCGCUGCUCUGACCCUAACCCCCUUCGUGUUCUACUACACAAUCUCCCAUUGGCUGCCAAAAGCCAUAUGACACAUCUUGACCAAUGCGAGUCUACGUAUGCUGCCCCUGUGGAUGACAGGAGUGGGGGCACUGUGGGAAAUCUCGGUUUGGAUGACAGGAGUGGGGGAAUUGUGGGUAAUCUCGGUUUGGAUGACAGGAGUUGGGGCAUUGUGGGUAAUCUCGGUGUGGAUGUCAGGAGUGGGGGUGUGGCUCUGAGUCUGCUUUGGACACAUGACGUGUGAAAUGGUCUGAGGUGCGGAUCACACUGUUUUUAUCCGUGUGGGGAUGAAAAUGUGUGGAGAGCAGACUGUGAUAUCGAACAGCCUUUUACAUUUUCCUCUCCUCCGAUGGCCUUGACUGCCCUGCAGUCUCAUGUUUCCCCAGCACACAGGGGGAAUCCUGUAGAGCUGGGGGCUUGGCAUGAGCAUUACCACAGUCCCAGGCGUGCGUGUGCGUGUGUGUGUGCGCGAGUGUGUGUGUGUGUGUGUGUGCGCGAGUGUGUGUGUGCGCGUGUGCGCGUGUGCGCGUGCGCGUGCGUGCGUGCGUGUGUGUGUGUGCGCGUGUGCGCGUGUGCGUGCGUGCGUGUGUGCGUGCGUGCGUGUGUGCUUGCGUGCGUGCGUGCGUGCGUGUGUGUGUGCGCGCGAGUGUGUGUGUGUGUGUGCGCGUGUGCGCGUGUGUGCGUGCGUGCGUGCGUGCGUGUGUGUGCGCGAGUGUGUGUGCGCGUGCGUGUGUGUGUGUGUGUGUGUGCGUGCGUGUGCGCGUGCGUGCGUGUGUGUGCGCGUCCACACUCCUGCUCCAGGCUCUCUACAUCGCUCACACGGCACCUCUUCCUCCUAUACCUCACCAGUUUUUCAUCCACUAAACCAUCGCACUUUUGUAUAAAUUGGUUAUUAUAACUUGCCACAAUUAUUAAAUGUUCUCAUUGUUUGCAAUA